CGCGCCGGGGGCUUCUGGGAAACGGCUUGUGAGCGGCGUUUCUGCGUCUGCUUUGGACAGCGAAGCUGCUGCGGAUCCUGAGUUGGAGGAGUGCCUGUGAAGAAAACAGGGUAUUUCCCUGAGGCCUGUAUCCUGCCUUGAUUGACUUUUCUUUAAGUAUUAUAAAUCAGGAUGUCUGCACAGUCCGUGGAAGAAGAUUCAAUACUUAUAAUCCCAACUCCAGAUGAAGAGGAAAAAAUUCUGAGAGUGAAGUUGGAGGAGGAUCCUGAUGGUGAAGAGGGAUCAAGCAUCCCCUGGAACCAUCUUCCUGAUCCAGAGGUUUUCCGACAGCGAUUCAGGCAGUUUGGAUACCAGGAUUCCCCUGGGCCCCGUGAAGCUGUGAGCCAGCUUCGAGAACUUUGCCGUCUAUGGCUCAGGCCAGAGACACACACGAAAGAACAAAUUUUGGAGCUGGUAGUGCUGGAGCAGUUUGUUGCCAUCCUACCCAAGGAACUGCAGACCUGGGUUCGAGAGCAUCAUCCAGAGAAUGGAGAGGAGGCUGUGACAGUGCUGGAGGAUUUAGAGAGUGAGCUCGAUGACCCAGGACAGCCGGUUUCUCUCCGUCGACGAAAACGGGAGGUUCUGGUAGAGGAAAUAGUUUCUCAAGAAGAAGCUCAGGGAUUACCAAAUUCUGAGCUUGACGCUGUGGAGAACCAGCUCAAGUGGGCAUCCUGGGAGCUCCAUUCCCUAAGGCACUGUGACGAUGAUGGUCGGACUGAAAAUGGAGCACUAGCUCCAAAGCAGGAGAUUCCUUCAGCCGCAGAAUCUCAUGAAGUUCCUGGCACUCUCAAUAUAGGUGUUCCUCAGAUUUUUAAGUACGGAGAAGCCUGUUUCCCCAAGGGCAGAUUUGAAAGAAAGAGAAAUCCCUCUCGAAAGAAACAGCAUAUAUGUGAUGAAUGUGGAAAACACUUCAGUCAGGGUUCAGCCCUCAUUCUUCAUCAAAGAAUCCACAGUGGGGAGAAACCCUACGGAUGUGUUGAAUGCGGGAAAGCAUUCAGCAGAAGUUCUAUCCUUGUGCAGCAUCAGAGAGUCCAUACUGGAGAAAAACCUUACAAGUGUCUUGAAUGUGGAAAAGCCUUUAGCCAGAAUUCUGGGCUCAUUAAUCAUCAGAGAAUCCAUACUGGGGAGAAACCUUACGAAUGCGUUCAGUGUGGGAAAUCUUAUAGUCAAAGCUCAAAUCUUUUUAGACAUCAGCGAAGACACAAUGCAGAAAAACUUCUGAAUGUUGUGAAAGUAUAAGAAAUUACAAAAAAAAAUCAGCACUCAGGUCUUUUUCUUCAGAAAUGAAGACAAAAUUAAAAACAUGAAAUGAUAAAUAAUAGUUUUAUUUCCCUAUAUAGACUGUUAGAAAAUCCACUGGGAAAUGUAGAAAAUCUUCACCCACCAUUAUUUUAUCUUGAAAGAAACGAUGUCAUACCUGCCUAGAAACUGAAAUUUUCAACUAAAUUCAGGUGUUAAUGCCUAAAUCUUCCAUGUGAUAUUUAUAUUAUUACUUUUCCAAAUAAUGAACUACCUGAUUCUUUGUCCCUUUAAAGUUUCCUUUUUAGACAGACAUUAUUUCUUUAUUGAUCAUUAAAAUGUUCUUUGCAAGGAUACAUUCCCUUCUACAUUAAAAGGCAACAUAGGAAUUAUAAAAUCUGAAAGCCGAAACCAUUUUUAAAAGAUUUAUCCUUCUGCUUCCUUUUACCUAAUUUGAAUAUGCAUUUCAGAAAAUAGAAGAUAAAGGAUGACCAAAAGCCUCAAAGUAAAAUGAGCCUUAAAACUCAGAUAAGAAGUGAUGGUGAUAAAACAUCAAAAAGUGAAUGGGACACCUAGAUUGGGCAAGACAAAUACUUUGAUCCAAGAAUUGAAGUAUAUCGAGAAUUUAUCUCAAUGUAGUUAUCUGCCUGCAGGGAAACUCAAACACCGCUUAUCCUGUCUAAUUUGAUGGCAUCCCACUAAUGAGAAUAAUGGUCUCCUGUGUUACCAGUAGAAAGUGGACAGUGAACAGUAAACACUUGUAAAACUAUGAGAGUAGACAUUCUAACACUAGGGAAGAAUUUGUAAACGGCAGUGUUGAAGGGCAAAUGUAAACAGGAGGGUAAUGGUCUGUCUUGGCUUUUAGAAAACAAAAGAGACUUGAAGAUCUAAUUUAUUAUUUUGCCUUUUCUUGGUUAAAGACAUAAAAAUCCAUGACAGGUGGGCAACAAGUAUCAGGUUUGCUGUUUUAUUCUUUUGGUACAAAAGGGUUGCACACCAGGCUAACAAAACAGCCAUGCAUUUAUUAUUAAACGUUUUCUACCGAUAAGGCACUGUGCUAGGUACUGUAACCCUACCAUAGGUAGGUAGAUACUUCUUCCACUGUAAAUCAUUGGGGAUUUGGUCUAAAGCUGUUUCAUGUGGGUUAGCUGCUUCCCUCUGUCUGAGCAGUCCUGGGGGAGGUCAUCUCUGAGAUUCACAGAGCCAUAGUUCUCUUACCAGGGUGUGUAUUUGGGGGAAAAGAAGACUCCGCUCAUAGAGCUAGCCAGCUCUCCAGCAAUCUUCAGAGGUGAGUCCAAGAUACUUUUAACACAGUUUGGAUGUUUGUGGGUCUUUUAAAAAAACUAAUCAAUCUCUAAUAGCAUUGAGGUUGUACUUACAUGUUAAGUUGAAUGGAUUGUUCUAUUUAAAAAUAAUAGGUUAUUAACAACUAGUUUAUUAACUAUCAGAAUUGAUUGAACUAUUUUUUUUUUUAAUUUUAAGUCUUAACACAUUUUAAAAAAUGUAUAAAAAGUAAUACAUUGUAGUAGUAGGAUUAUAUACUCCUUGGCUGAGAAUCCCAAGUACUGUGGUUUUACUGUUUAGUGGAAAACUCUGGAAGUUAAAAUAGAGAAUAUGAGGAAAGACUUCUUUAUAGUGGGCAUUAAUUGUGUGGAAAAUGACCCAUGUGAAUAAAAAGAUUUCAUAGUUCCAGAGAUUUUGGUUACAUCUGGUGCUUGGAUCAAAUUUGAAAAUGGAAGGUGAGAUUUGCAUGAGCCUGUUAAAAAGCAUAGUAAUAAAUGCAAGGCCAGCUGGUGGAAAAGUGAGGCAGAAUGGAGCUUGUUUAUAGAUUUCCUGAUAACAAUUAAUUAUAAGAAAUGUGCUUUAUAGAUUAAGAUUUAUUGAAGUAUAAAUAUGUAGUAAUGAUAUAAUGUAUUUUAAGUUAUACAAGAAAAUGUAGGGACUUUUGUUUGGGUCUUUUUCUCUUUGUGGCUGAGAGGAAACCAGUCAAUGUCCAAUAAAGCUAUAAACUCCUCUGCUCUAAGAUAAAA